CAGGGGUGCUGAUAUCUAGGUCCUGUACUGAGAUCACUUAUUCUAGCUGUGCAGCGGUAAGCAGCGAACAAAACAGAAAAUGGUUCUCGCAGAAAUUGUGACUAUAAUUCUAGUAGGCUUCCUAACUACUGGGUUCCUGACAUGGGUGUCGCCUGGCUUCGUGAUACGGUUACUGCUGACAGACCAGAACAUGGACGUAGCAGCUUUCUGCCCUCUCCUUGAAGACAUCGGCACUCUCUGUAUAGUGUUGGCCAUGACAGCCGGAGUUGUGCUUGUACGUCUACGAGAGGACUGGCAAAGAUACAGAGUGGCGUGUGUUUGUAUUCUAAUAGCUGUCCUCUGCCAGUUGUGUGUUGGUCAUUUCAUAAUCGAAAGAAACGCUAAGGGUCAUGCCACAGCAAAGGAUAUCUGGAUAAGUGCUGGGGGCGAUUUCGCUGCAGCUAUCCACAGCGGUUUCUACAAACGAAUGGUGGACAUGAUUUUGACUGCUCGGGUUUACGGACUCAUCGGUCUGACAGUGCUGUUGACAGUAAUCAUAUUGCAGGGGAAUCCUUUCCUUGGCAUCGGCGUCCUUGGUCUUUUGUUUCUACUGGUAUCAAUUAUGAUAUAAAAUGCAGCAAAGAGAGUGUGGGUGAUCC